AUGGAGAGUUUGCCUCUAGUAAAUUAUAAUAUUCUUGAAGGUGUUGCUUCUGGGGCGUUUGCAAAAGUUUAUUUUGGGCAGCAUAAGCAAACAGAUGCAAAAGUUGCAAUUAAAAAAAUAGAUAAACGAGCCAAUAAUAGCGAUGGUAAGCAAUUGCUUCGAAUUCAGCGCGAAAUUGAGCUAAUGGAAAGGGCAAGGCAUCCAUUAAUAUCAGAUCUAUAUGAGGUCAUUGAAACAGAAGAUUAUAUUUACAUUAUUAUGGAAUGCGCACCAAAUGGAACUCUUUUUACUCGUUUAAAUGACUCCGGUCCUCUAGGCGAAGACCAAUCAUCUAAUUUAUUUGCGCAAAUUUUGGUUGUAAUGAAUUUCCUUCAUAAUCAAUGCAAAAUUGCUCAUAGAGAUAUCAAAGCAGAAAACAUUUUAUUUGACAAAAAUCAAAAUAUCAGAAUCAUCGAUUUUGGCCUAGGUAAUACGCCCAUAAACGAUUCAAAUUUGAUGAAUACUCAAUGCGGCUCGCCAGCAUAUGCUGCUCCGGAAAUGAUUCUCGGUCAUGAGUAUACAUUUUCAUGUGAUAUAUGGAGCUGUGGUAUUGUACUUUAUGCAAUGGUAUGUGGAUAUCUUCCUUUUGAAGACUCUUCUUUAUCUCGAUUAGCACAAAAAAUAGUUUUUAAGGAUAUAGAAUAUCCCAGUAAACUAUCUCCUAAUUGUAUUGACCUCCUAAAAAGAUUAUUAACUAAAAAUCCAUUGCAAAGGAUUACUUUGGAAGAAGCAAUGAAUCACCCUUGGGUAAUUUCCAAUGUAAGAUAUAUCGAAAAGAAGCUCAUGGACUUCAAAUAUGACUUCGAGUUAAUUGGAAAUUUAAUGACUGCAAUGGGAUCUUCAAUCGAAGAUGCUCAAAAAGAUUUAGAAUCACAUAUUACAAACCAAGGAACAACUCUUUUAACAAUUUUAAAGAGGGAGUAUAUGAAUUCAAAUCUUGGUUCACUAGCAAUGAAGGUUUCAUUUGGUGAUUUAAGGAAGAAUACUUCUCCAAAUGCGUUGCCAAAACUAAAUGUUCAAGAUAAAAUCAAACAUGAAAGGAGGAAAAGUGUUCAUUAUAACAUUUGCACUUCACCGCUAUAUAAUAGUCUCAAAAGAAAACUUCCAGGAGCUAUUGUUAAAUAA